AUGCACAAUGCGGCGCAGAGCAAGAAGGCCGAUGGAGACCACUCAACCCCAAAGCGAGGCCUUGGUCCUCGACCAAUUGGGGGUGCUGAGAAGCUGGGCAUGUUCUCAGGUGUAUAUGUCCCAACAUGUCUCAAUGUUCUCAGCAUUCUCAUGUUCUUGCGGUUUGGCUUUAUCCUGGGUCAGGGAGGAGUGCUUGGGAUCAUGGGUAUGCUAGUUGCUUCAUACGCAAUAAAUCUCAUCACCACGUUCUCCCUAUCUGCGAUUGCAUCCAACGGGACUGUUCGAGGUGGCGGAGCUUAUUACCUUAUUUCGAGAUCCCUGGGCCCAGAAUUCGGAGGAGCGAUAGGAGUGGUCUUCUAUCUGGGCUUCGCUUUCAACACUGGAAUGAACGCUGUAGGCCUGAUCGACUGCUUCAAGUUGAAUUUUGGGGCUAUAUCCGGAAACUGGGCACAUGUGCUACCCGAAUCAUCAUGGCACCUUUAUCUCUGGUCUACGGUGGUCCUCGCGUUGUGUACGGCAAUUUGUCUUGCUGGCUCCUCCUUGUUCGCCCGUGCGAGUAAUGGGCUAUUGGUUAUACUUUUAAUUGCUACCCUGAGCAUUCCAUUUUCCGCUCUAGUCAUGUCGCCUUUCGAGAGCAGAGAACUAGGGAUCGAGUACACUGGAUUGAGCAUGCAGACCUUUAUUGGCAACUUGAAGCCUCAGCUUACGAGAGGCGCGGCAGGGAGUCAACUCAAUGGAAAGGAGACGUUCCAAGAUCUAUUCGGUAUUCUAUUUCCAGCAACAGGCGGUAUAUUCGCAGGGGCUAGUAUGUCAGGCGAUCUGAGAAACCCCAGCAAAUCGAUACCCAAAGGGACUCUUUACGGACUUGCUACUACAUUCGUCUUGUAUACUCUGGUUAUUUUGGCUAUGGCUGCGACCAUCACUAGAGCGUCUUUCGUCAGAAAUGCCAAUGUUAUCCAGGAGACCAACAUUUCCGGCGUUGUCAUUCUCGCGGGAGAGUUUGCCAGCUCCUUCUUCUCCACAUUGAUGGGCGUCAUCGGGUCAGCCAAACUUUUGCAAGCACUUGCAAGAGACAAUCUUCUGCCUGGAUUCUCAAUCUUCGGUCAAGGAACCAAGAAAGGUGACGAACCUACAUAUGCGAUUAUUGCGACUUUUAUUGUGGCACAGAUCACAAUGCUCUGCGAUCUCAAUCAGAUUGCGUCUUUUGUCACCAUGACUUAUCUUAUGACCUUUCUUGUUAUGAACCUGGCUUGUUUUUUGCUGAAGAUAAGCUCGGCGCCAAAUUUCCGCCCUUCAUUCCAGUUUUUCAAUUGGCAGACCGCUCUCGUUGGAACUAUCGUGUCUGGAGCUGCGAUGUUCUUCGUCGAUGGCUUGUAUGCUACUGGCUGCGUGGGCAUACUUAUCGCCAUCUUUCUUAUAAUCCAUUAUACCAGUCCGCCCAAGAGUUGGGGCGAUGUCUCCCAGAGUUUGAUCUACCACCAAGUUCGCAAGUAUCUGCUUCGAUUAAAGCAGGAGCAUGUCAAAUUCUGGCGUCCCCAGAUAUUAUUAUUCGUCAACGAUCCACGACGGCAAUACAAGCUCAUCCAGUUCUGCAAUUCUAUGAAGAAAGGAGGGCUGUAUAUCCUCGGCCACGUCAUCGUAACAGAUGACUUUGGCGGGUCAGUACCUGAAGCCCGUAGACAGCAAGCAGCCUGGACGAAAUAUAUCGACUUCUCGAAAAUUAAGGCAUUUGUGAACAUUGCCAUCUCCCCCGGCCUUGAAUGGGGUGCAAGGAAUGUUGUUUUGAGUGCUGGACUUGGGGGAAUGAGACCGAACAUUGCAGUCUUAGGUUUCUACAAUCUGGAUGAGUUGCGCAGAAGCAAGCCACUUAUUGAUGUCCCGGAAACAACCCCGUCACCAAAUCAGUCGAAUACAUUGGCGGGGAGUCAAAACCGACAACGAAUUCGGCGCGAUAGUAAGGAUGUAAAACUCGAGGGUCAAUUGCCCACCGAUUUUUGCAAGACAGAGGGUAUGACGAGCGUCACGAGUUACGUUACAAUUCUCGAGGAUUUGCUUUUGCGACUACAGAUCAAUGUUGCCGUUGCAAAGGGAUUCCAAUCCCUAGAGUUUCCACAUGAUGGCGAGCUUACCAAGAAAUAUAUCGAUCUUUGGCCAAUUCAGAUGUCUGCAGAGAUUGCUGCUGAGGGAAAUCAUAAGCAAAAUGUCUUGACAACAAAUUUUGAUACAUAUACGUUGAUACUUCAACUUGGCGUCAUUUUGAAUACCGUCCCAGCAUGGAAAAAGGCGUACAAACUUCGGGUUGCUGUUUUCGUUGAGUAUGAGAGUGAGGUGCCAGAGGAGAGAAGCAGAGUGCAAGCACUCCUUGAAAAUUUAAGAAUUCAAGCUGAGGUCCUUGUAUUCUGGCUUGCAUCCGGAGAGUUGCCAACAUACGACAUCAUCAUUAACGGAGCCAGCCCUGGGAAGGAACAUGAAGAAGAAGUGGAGGAAUGUCUGAAAGAACAAGAAUGGUGGGACGAAAUACAGAAACUACGUGGAAAGCGUGGUGCGAGGUCAGCGACUGAGGAUCUUUCGGAUAUAGCGAGCAUUUUCACGACGCGAACCAACUGGCCUGAAUCCUCAUUUCAACAAGGCCCAAGAGGAGAGAGAGCCGAGCGCUUUCUAGGCCUUCGAAGACUGCUAAGAAAGUCGAAGAGGAGACAUACUAUGAGUGGAAUAACCAAGUUGGGUGUCAACCUGGGUAUGCGAACACAUAGGCUAUCCCCACAAGUAACGAAACGGCACGCCAGUGUAGCAAGUGCUAGCGAGGACUCCGAAAGCGAUUCAGACGAGGAGAGUGAUUCGGCAGUAAUUGCAGACGACAGCUCGGAUGCAGAAAAUGAUCAUCCGGAGAGCGUUGCGAGUGAAGCAGAUAUAGAUGACUUUGAGUCCGAUAGCGAUUAUUCCCUGAGCGGAACACAGAAAAGGCGAGUACAUCGUCGGAAGAGUCACGGCGAUUCGAUGGCCGGACCGCCCCCAUCGAAGAAGUCAACCGGGGAGAGAGAAGUCGAAGUCCCGGAGCAUCCAGCUCGAGGACUCGCGCUCACAGAAUCGACCACCCCAAUCAAACAGCCACCAUCAUCGAACGACAGCCCAUCGCACAUCCGCUCAGAGCGCCCAACGCUCUCUAAACAUGCAACCAUGCCCAAGUUCUCCAGCAAGCCUGUGCCUAUUACUCGAAUCGCGACUGAGGAUGGACCCGGGCCCUCCAUCAUGUUCAGCGACACUCCCUCCCCCCCCACCCGGCGCUCUCGUCUGCCCUCCGCCUACCGCCCAUCCUCCACCUUGCCAGAGCACGUCUCAGAAGCGCCUGAGCCACCCUCUCCCGCUCCCUCGCGUUCCGGCUCGACCUAUUCCACCCAGGCACUGCCGCUUAGUUUCAAUGACCUUCCCUGUCGUGCUCAACAUCUGAUCCUGAACGAGUUGAUGAGGAAGCAUAGCGCGGAGACGGCCGUCAUGUUCACGACGCUUCCCAGCCCCGUGGAAGGCACGUGCAAGAGCGAGACGGCGUCGGCGGGGUACCUAGCGGAUCUAGAGGUGUUGUGCAAGGGGUGUCCGCCGGUGCUGAUGGUGCACAGUAAUAGUAUGACGGUGACUAUGAGUCUAUAG